AUGGCAGACAAGGACGAGAAAACAAACAUCACGGCUCCCGACCCACUAGCCGCUGCUGUUGAGCCCGUCACACCCCGGGAGCCAGAGGAUGCCACAUUCGCCAUUGAUAUCGACAAGGCAGAUGAGAAGGAUGAAAGCUCAGACUUUGACGAGAAGAAGAUCAGACCAGAGCUGAAGGCGACAAAGAGCCAUGCCACCGAUACCAGCGUCGCCACCACAACUGCAGCCCAUCGACUACCAGAAAGUAAACCAUGGUACAAGACGCCAAAUCCACUGAAAUGGGGCGGCAUUCCUCCUGUCCCCGAUGAGAAGAUCGUGUCCCGGGAGUACAAAGCCGGCUUCUUCAGUCUUUUGACUUUCCAAUGGAUGGCCCCUCUGAUGAGUGCCGGAUACAAGCGGCAGCUUGAACCCAACGAUAUUUGGGCUGUCAACCCAGACAGGGGCACAGAUGUCAUGACAGACAAGUUGAAAGCUUCUUUCAAGAAACACAUUGACAAGGGAGGCAAAUACCCAUUGCUGUGGGCAUUACAUGAGACUUACUUCUUCGAGUUUUGGCUUGGUGGUAUGCUUCAGCUCGCGUCAACUGUCUUCCAGGUCAUGUCACCCUUCACCCUGCGCUACCUUAUCCAGUUCGCGAACGAUGCCUACGCAGCUUCUCAACAGGGCUCACCACCUCCUGCGAUUGGCAGGGGAAUUGGCCUGGUGAUCGGUGUCACCUUCAUGCAGAUUUUCCAGAGUUUGGGCACGAACCAUUUCAUCUAUCGCGGCAUGAUGAUUGGUGGCCAGUCAAGGGCAGUCCUCAUCAGCGUCAUCUUUGAAAAGGCCAUGUCUCUAUCAGGACGUGCCAAAGCUGGUGGCAUCAAAGAUUCCGCCGCAGACGCCCCGCAAGUCGACGAGAAAGGCAAGAAGAAGGCCAAGAAGAAUGCGAAGAAGGGAGACGCCAAAGGUCCUGGCAUUUCCGGAGAUGGCACGGGAUGGGGUAACGGCAGAAUCGUCAACCUCAUGAGCGUUGAUACAUAUCGCAUUGAUCAAGCGUCAGCUCUCUUCCAUCUGACCUGGACUGCGCCCAUCUCCUGCGUUAUCACGCUGAUCGUUCUGCUCAUCAACUUGAGCUAUAGUGCACUUGCCGGAUUCGCUCUCUUGGUUGCUGGUAUCCCCUUGUUGACAAGAGCCAUCAGAAGCUUAUUCAAGCGGAGAAAGUCCAUCAACAAGGUCACGGAUCAGAGAGUUAGCUUGACUCAAGAAAUUCUGCAGUCGGUCCGUUUCGUCAAGUACUUUGGGUGGGAGACCGCAUUCCUCGACCGUCUGAAGGAAAUUCGAAAACGGGAAAUCCACGCCAUUCAAAUCUUGCUGGCAAUCCGAAAUGCCAUCAACGCUGUCAGUUUGUCUCUGCCCAUCUUCGCCUCCAUGCUUUCCUUCGUCACCUAUGCAAAGACCAACAACGCCUUGAACCCCGCCGAGGUCUUCUCAUCAUUGGCCUUGUUCAACGGUCUUCGUAUUCCGCUCAACUUGCUGCCGCUAGUCCUUGGUCAAGUCGUCGAUGCCUGGUCAUCACUGAAACGAAUCCAAGAGUUCUUGCUGGCCGAAGAACAAGAGGAAGAUGUGGUCUUCAAGCCAGAGGGUGAGAAUGCAUUGGAGAUGGCGAAUGCUAGCUUUACCUGGGAGCGAACUGCAACCCAGGAGUCUGAGAAGCCUGCUGGUGGUGCCGCAAAAGGGGCCAAGAAGGUUGCGACCCAAGCGCCUGCAAAGAAUGUCUCUAAGCCUGACGAGCCACUGGCCUCAUCUGGCGACAGCACUGGAGACGGUGCCAGUACGCUUGUCGAGGAGGAACGCGAACCUUUCAAGCUGCAAGACAUCAACUUUGAGAUCAAGAGGGAUGAGCUUGUCGCAGUCAUUGGAACAGUCGGGAGCGGCAAAACCUCACUACUGGCCGCGCUCGCGGGUGACAUGAGGAAAACAUCUGGCGAAGUUGUGCUUGGCGCUUCCCGAGCCUUUUGCCCACAAUAUGCAUGGAUCCAAAAUGCCACGGUCCGUGACAACAUCCUCUUCGGUAAGGAUAUGGACCGAGCAUGGUACCAAGAAGUCAUCAACGCUUGUGCUCUGCGGCCCGAUCUUGCCAUGCUCCCGAACGGAGAUUUGACAGAGAUUGGCGAACGAGGAAUCACAAUUUCGGGAGGACAGAAGCAGCGUCUCAACAUUGCUAGGGCCAUCUACUUUGACUCCGAUAUCGUGCUCAUGGACGACCCUCUUAGCGCUGUUGACGCUCACGUGGGACGGCACAUUUUCGACAAUGCCAUCCUCGGUCUCUUGAAGGGCAAAUGCAGGAUCCUAGCAACUCAUCAGCUCUGGGUUCUUAACAGAUGUGACAGGGUCAUUUGGAUGGAGGGCGGCAAGAUUCAAGCCGUCGACACCUUUGACAACUUGAUGAGAGACCAUCGCGGCUUCCAGCAACUCUUGGAGACAACUGCACAAGAAGAGAAGGAAGACGAGACCGCACCAACCAACCUGGCUGAAGCGCCCCAAGGCGACAAUAAGAAGAACAAGAAGGGCGCUGCUCUCAUGCAACAAGAAGAGCGCGCUGUGGCAAGCGUUCCCUGGAAGGUGUACGGAGACUUCAUCCGCGCCUCUGGUUCCAUCCUCAACGCACCCUUUUUAAUCUUCCUCCUGAUUCUCUCCCAAGGAGCGAACAUCAUGACCAGCCUUUGGCUUUCCUACUGGACGAGUAAGCGUUAUCCACUGUCGGACGGGCAGUACAUCGGCAUAUACGCCGGUCUGGGUGCCCUCCAAGCGAUACUCAUGUUCGUUUUCUCGUUGCUUCUGUCUAUCCUCGGCACCAAGUCUAGCAAGUUCAUGCUUCGACAGGCAGUAACGCGAGUUCUUCGCGCCCCAAUGUCCUUUUUCGACACCACGCCCCUUGGCCGAAUCACCAAUCGUUUCUCAAGAGACGUGGAUGUCAUGGACAACAACUUGACGGACGCCAUAAGAAUGUACUUCUUCACGCUGGCCAUGAUAUUGUCCGUGUUUGCCCUCAUUAUCGCCUUCUUCCAUUACUUCGCCAUCGCACUCGGACCACUGUUCGUGUUUUUCAUCCUCGCUUCCUCUUAUUACCGCGCAUCGGCACGCGAGGUCAAGCGAUUCGAGUCGGUCCUUCGAUCCACCGUAUUCGCAAAGUUUGGUGAAGGAUUGAGCGGCGUUGCCAGCAUCCGAGCCUACGGUCUCAAGACUCAUUUCAUCGCCGACCUGAGAAAGUCCAUUGACGAGAUGAAUGCUGCGUACUACCUCACAUUCUCGAACCAGCGCUGGUUAUCGACUCGCCUCGAUCUGAUCGGUAAUCUUCUUGUCUUCACCGUGGGUAUUCUCGUCGUGACCUCACGAUUCAACGUGCCCCCGAGCAUUGGAGGCCUGGUACUCAGCUACAUUCUCGGUAUCGUGCAGAUGAUCCAGUUCACCGUCCGUCAACUCGCAGAAGUUGAGAACGGUAUGAAUGCCGUGGAGCGAAUCCAGUACUACGGCACUCAGCUGGAGGAAGAGGCGCCAUUACACACCAUUGAAGUCCGCCCGGAGUGGCCUGAGAAGGGCGAAAUCGUCUUUGAUAACGUGGAGAUGCGCUACCGUGCCAACUUGCCUCUUGUGCUUUCUGGUCUAUCGAUGCACGUGCAAGGAGGAGAGCGUAUCGGCAUUGUUGGCAGAACAGGUGCGGGCAAGUCGUCCAUCAUGUCGACUCUUUUCCGUCUCGUCGAGCUGUCGGGUGGACACAUUACCAUUGACGGUGUCGAUAUCUCGACCAUUGGUCUGCAUGACCUGCGAUCCCGCCUGGCGAUCAUUCCACAAGACCCAACGCUUUUCAGGGGCACAGUUCGCUCUAACCUGGACCCGUUCAGCGAGCAUACGGAUCUGGAGCUAUGGUCCGCCUUGCGACAGGCUGAUCUCGUCCCAGCAGACGCGAACCUAGAGGAUCCAAGGUCCAAGGAGUCGUCAAGCAUUCACCUUGACUCCGUCGUCGAAGAGGAUGGCUUCAACUUCUCUCUGGGACAGCGCCAGCUCAUGGCCCUGGCACGCGCUCUCGUCCGUGGCAGCCGCAUCAUUGUCUGCGACGAGGCGACGUCCUCCGUCGAUAUGGAAACGGAUGACAAGAUACAGAACACCAUCGCCACGAGCUUCAGAGGCAGGACGCUGUUGUGCAUUGCCCAUCGUCUGCGCACCAUCAUCGGCUACGACCGUAUCUGCGUCAUGGACGCUGGCCGGAUCGCGGAGCUGGAUACGCCUCUCGCGCUGUGGCAGCGGGAGGGCGGCAUCUUCAGGAGUAUGUGUGACCGCAGUGGCAUCAGACUGGAGGAUAUCCGCGGCGCGAGCGAGGGUGCUGCUCCCCUGGAAAUUCAAGCUGGCGGAUCGAGUUAG